AUGGAUACCUCGCUGACCGCUUCCCAGAUUCGGAGCAUUUUCCUGAACUUCUUCAAGGAGAAGGAACAUCUGUACGUACAUUCGUCGUCGGUCAUUCCGCUCGAUGAUCCGACGUUGCUGUUCGCCAAUGCGGGCAUGAACCAGUUCAAGCCCAUCUUUCUCGGUACGGUCGAUCCGAACAGUGAUAUGGCGCGAUGGGUCCGGACGGCCAACACCCAGAAGUGUAUUCGGGCAGGCGGCAAGCACAACGAUCUGGACGAUGUUGGUAAGGAUGUGUAUCACCAUACGUUCUUUGAGAUGUUGGGAAAUUGGUCGUUUGGCGAUUACUUCAAGAAGGAGAUCUGUACGUGGGCUUGGGAGUUGCUGACGGAGCGGCUGAAGCUUCCGAAGGAGCGCCUGUACGUGACGUACUUCGGUGGGCAUCCGGAAUCGGGACUGGAGCCGGAUUUGGAGUGUAGGGAGAUUUGGUUGAAGUUGGGCGUAAAGGAAGAACAUAUACUGCCGGGCAGUAUGAAGGACAACUUCUGGGAGAUGGGUGAGACGGGACCGUGUGGACCGUGUUCCGAGCUGCACUUUGAUCGUAUCGGGGGUCGUAGCGUGCCCGAGCUGGUAAAUAUGGACGAUCCGGAUGUGCUGGAGAUCUGGAACUUGGUGUUUAUCCAGUACAAUCGGGAGCCGGACAGUUCGUUGAAGUUGUUGCCGAAGAAACAUAUCGAUUGCGGAAUGGGUUUCGAGCGGCUUGUGUCGGUAAUACAGGACAAGCGAUCGAACUACGAUACGGAUGUGUUUGUGCCGCUGUUUGAUGCCAUCCAGAAGGGUACGGGUGCACCGGCUUACCAGGGACGUGUUGGUGGAGACGAUGUGGACGGUGUCGAUAUGGCGUACCGUGUGCUGGCGGAUCAUGUUCGUACGAUAACGAUUGCGCUGGCUGAUGGUGGCUUCCCGGACAAUACGGGCCGUGGGUAUGUGUUGCGGCGUAUUUUGCGUCGUGCUGUGCGGUACGCGACGGAAAAGCUGAACGCUAAGCCAGGAUUCUUUGGCACGCUUGUCGAUACGGUAGUGCUGCUGCUUGGAGACACAUUCCCGGAGGUCCGGAAAGAUCCGCAACACAUCAAGAACGUAAUUAACGAGGAAGAGCAACAGUUCCUGAAGACGCUUACCCGCGGACGUAAUCUGUUAAACCGUACGAUUGCUAAGCUGGGUCACGACAGUAAGGUCAUUCCGGGUGAUGUCGCUUGGCGAUUAUACGACACGUACGGAUUCCCGAUCGAUUUGACCCAGCUGAUGGCAGAGGAAAAACAGCUAACGAUCGAUAUGGAGGGGUACGAGAAGGCCAAGCACGAAUCGUACAUUGUGUCGCAGGGUAAGGAAAAGUCCAAAACGGCCACAAUCGAUCUGGAUGUUCAUGGCAUUUCGGAGCUGCAGGAGCGCAAAGUCCCAACGACGGACGAUUCGUUCAAGUACCGGUACAAGGCAGAAUCGAUCGAUCCGUUAGCGCAGUACGUGUUCGAACCGUGCACCGGCCGGAUUGUGGCCCUGCGCCACAAUAAUGCAUUCGUGGACGAGGUACAGGCAGGCCUGGAAUGUGGCGUCAUACUGGAUCGUACAAACUUUUACGCCGAAAGUGGUGGCCAGAUCUACGACCAGGGCUAUCUGGUGAAGGUGAACGACGAGAGCAGCGAAUUUAAUGUGUCGCUCGUGUACAACCGGGGUGGCUACAUACUGCACAUCGGCGUGGUUGAGGGUACGCUACGGGUGGGUGAUGAAGUACACUGCCACAUGGACGCAGUACGCCGUCAGCUGACGAUGAAAAAUCACUCUGCCACGCACGCACUCAAUCAUUCGCUGCUGAAGGUACUCGGGCAGGAUACGGAUCAGCGAGGUUCGUUGGUGGUGCCGGAAAAGUUGCGGUUCGAUUUCACCAACAAGUCGGCGAUGACGAUCGAACAGGUGGCCGAAGCGGAACGACUAACGCGCGAAGUUGUCAAGCGGAAUGUCCAGGUGUACGCCAAGGAAGCUAACCUAGCCGUAGCCAAAACGAUUCGCGGAUUACGCUCCGUUUUCGAUGAGGUUUAUCCCGAUCCGGUGCGUGUCAUUUCGUUCGGCGUGCCGGUAGAACAGCUCGAAUCCGAUCCGACUAGUGAGGCGGGUGUAAUUAAUUCGGUUGAAUUUUGUGGCGGUACUCAUCUGCAUCAGUCGGGUCAUAUGGUGGAUUUCGUAAUUACUACCGAGGAAGCGAUCGCCAAGGGCAUUCGGCGCAUUGUCGCCCUAACCGGACCGGAAGCACUGAAAGCGCUCAAAAAGACGGAACUGCUCGAGCAAGAGUUGAACAGCUUGAAAGCAACGAUCGAAAGCGAUAAGGACGGGAAGGACGCAAAGGAGCACGUGAAGCAGAUUGUUGAGCUAACGGACGACGUGUCGCAAGCGACCAUACCGUACGUGAAGAAGGACGAACUGCGCACGGUUCUGAAGGGUCUGAAGAAAACGCUCGAUGAUAAGGAACGUGCGGCCAAGGCUGCCGUUGCCAGCGGUGUAGUCGAGAAGGCAAAGGAACUGUCCCAAGAACACCGGGACGAACCGUUUAUGGUGCAAAGGCUUGAAGCACUGAACAACACGAAAGCGCUUGAUGCCGCACUGAAGGAGGUACGCAAGGUAAAUCCGGAACAGUCCGCCCUGUUCCUGUCGGUGGACGAGGAUACGAAGAAAAUCUUCUGUCUCGCUAGCGUACCGAAGUCUGCCGUCGAGAAGGGCCUGAAGGCGAACGAAUGGAUCUCGCACAUUGCACCUGUGAUGGGGGGUAAGGGUGGCGGUAAGCCAGAAUCGGCCCAGGCGUCUGGUGGCAACUACGACAAGGUGGAGGAAAUCUUGGAAUUGGCACGCCUUUUCGCUGCUUCGAAGUUGGAGUAG